AUGGAUGCAGAUGUCUCUGAUUCAGGAUACACUUCGAGGACGACCUAUGAUACUGCAGACGUCACGUCCAUAAUCUCACCAGGAGCUGAACCAAAGCUUACACACUACAUUGGACCCCAUGGGUAUGAAACUGCUGACGAUGGUGCAGGGUACUAUAAUAACCUGGACUACUCAGAGCCGUUUGCUACAGCAACUGAAGGGGUAUCUGUUACUCAAGUCAUGGAUAUGAAGAAUAAUGAAACUCAAGAUGCUGGGAGUUUUCAGGAGCAACUAAAAAGUGCACAAGGGCCUCUUACAGCAAGCGGAACAACACUGCAAACGGAUGCUGCAGUUGUGGAUGUUCUGGAAAACGUUCCGUUCCAAAGCUGUAGAUCAGGGACUAGUGAACAGUUUCUUGAGAUGGACGAGAACUAUGGUCGUGGAAGCACUCAGAUUGCAACUGCCCUCUCAGUGGUUAAGCGUGAUGAGCUGGAAAAAGCUCGUUCUCAGAGUGCAACUCCAACAGCUGGUUCAGUACCAUCCUCUGAAGGCACCACCAAUUCCUCAGCUCCCCAAAAGACGACAAUAGAAACAGCUGAGAUCAAUCUGCCUGCACGUAAGCCAAGAUUUUCAGAUCUUCCCGUGGCACCCGCAGACCUAUUUAAAACCAAAGACCCUAUGCCUGGCUUCAAGUUCAUGGGCCAGAAGAAUGUACAGUGGUUUAAUUUGCGACAGCAAAUCACAGGCUCAAUAGACGCGGUUGUUACGUUUCUGCAAAAGGAGAUCAUAGAAAACCCUCAAUAUUGUAGCUUUUCUGUGACGACUAUAUCUAAUGUCAAGCAGCACAAAUACUCUAUCUUGGAGGCACUUCCGUCAAAUUACACUCAGAUGGAAAAUUAUGGAUUUCCCGACGCAUCCCCUAGUUUGAGGGCAUCGACACAUAUACCCCCCAUCUUGAAGUUGAAGUCGACGACCUCUAUUGUCUUCAACUAUGUGACACUAAUACUACUUCAAGUCCUUAUUUGGACACCGCUCAUUUGCACACUAAUCCCGUCACUUAAGACGUAUAGUCACACUUUCAUCAGUACUGCCACGCUCGCCAUACUCAUUGAGGUUUUGCUUUUCCUUGUAGCCUCUGGAUAUAGUAACAGCCAAAUGCAGACGACCUCUACCGACAUUCAAAGCCUUGUGUUUGAUGCCAGUUGUCUCAUGGCCUCGUCUUUACCUCGACAGAUGCCCUCGGAGUGUGGUCACUCUAAAUAUCUUCGUAGGCAACGAAUUUCCCCAGAAACGUACAAGGGCCUUGUGUCAGCCUUGGGGGCGGUUACUUUUCUUCUCCUUUUGUAUCCGGUUUCGCUCUCCAUGCACUCCUUCUUCCCGCCUAUUUUUCUAAUCUGCCCCGAGUCUUGGGCGCCGUACGUCACCAUGCUUAUUGCUGCAUUAGGAUUCGCUACAUUCUUUCCGGCUUCUUUCCUGUACACUCACUGCCGUAUUGUUGAGCAAAGUAUCAGACAAUCAAUAUGUUGCAAUCUUCGGGGGUUCUAUCCAUCGAAUGUUUUCGCGCUAGACUAUUCAUCAGUACACAAUAUUGAUGAGGGCCUCUGUUAUUUCUUUGGCAAUAAGACACCAAACCUCUUCAUUCCCUUCAUUGCUAUUGACAGCGUUGCAUUGGUCAUGGAGCCGGUAGACAUUAGGUUGCGCUAUCGUUUCACUCGCAAGGAAAUGGCACUAUUUGAUGGGCGUCACAACGCUAAGGCCUUAGAUGUGGCUCGUAGAGGAUACGAUGUAGUCGAAGAGAAAGACCUGUUGAUAUGGGUGGUCCUGGGUUUAAGCAACGACCUGAAGCUGUGGCUUCCGCUGAGCAUGACGCAGUGGAAUCCGUGCCUUUUCGGUUUUCAGGGCUCAGAGGUCGCAACACUUUUAGAACUCGCUGCGUCUGCCAUUGACAUCGAAAGUAAGAACCUUGGAAGUGCCGAGGACGAAAAGCCUAAGGCACACCUUCUUCAGGAUGCACUGCGAAAUGCUGGUGAUUUUUGCAGAUUCUACCAAGAGUCUCGUAGAGAGACGGUCAUGGAAGAGGCCUUACACAUCCCUCGAAUUAGCUCCUUCAUCGUUCCCACAGAGGUUUAG